ACUCAUUGCUUCAGCCUUCCUAUCCAACACUUCCACUCUGAGCAAAAUGGCCUGGGAUUAUUUUGGAUUCUCCCGCACCUUGGAAAACCAAAGGAGUCAAUCUCCCACCACCCGUAUCAACAAUGCAGCAGACAUCUCUGUUAUCGUCAUCUACUUUCUGGUUGUCUUGGCUGUGGGAGUUAUUGCCAUGGUCCGCACCAAUCGAUCCACUGUGGGUGGCUUUUUCCUUGCGGGAAGGAGUAUGGUGUGGUGGCCGAUCGGAGCAUCACUCUUUGCCAGCAACAUUGGCAGCGGCCACUUUGUAGGUAUCGCUGGUACUGCUGCAGCUUCUGGAAUUGCCAUUGGUGGAUUUGAGUGGAACGCUCUUUUUAUUGUCGUUAUUCUGGGAUGGCUCUUUGUGCCGAUCUACAUCAAAGCUGGGGUGGUCACCAUGCCUGAGUACCUGAAGAAGAGGUUCGGAGGACGGCGGAUUAGUAUCUAUCUCUCUGUGCUCUCCCUCUUCCUCUACGUCUUCACAAAGAUCUCUGCCGACAUGUUCUCUGGUGCCAUUUUCAUCCAGCAAGCUCUUGGACUGAACAUCUACUUUGCUGUUAUCGCUCUACUGGCGAUCACUGCACUGUACACCGUCACAGGUGGACUGGCUGCGGUGAUAUAUACAGACACCUUACAGACCAUCAUCAUGAUUAUUGGAUCCUUCAUUCUCAUGGGUUUUGCUUUCAAUGCAGUGGGGGGUUAUGCAAAUUUGGAGAAACUCUACAUGGCUGCAAUUCCCCAAAACACCUCUAACAUCAGGGCAGAGUGCUACGAGCCUCGGAAAGACUCGUUUCACCUUUUCAGAGAUCCAAUAACAGGAGACCUGCCCUGGCCUGGCAUGGUGUUUGGACUCACCAUCCAGGCCACCUGGUACUGGUGCACUGAUCAGGUGAUUGUCCAGCGUUGCCUCUCAGGCAAGAGUCUCUCUCAUGUGAAAGCAGGUUGCAUUUUGUGUGGUUACCUGAAGGUGCUGCCCAUGUUUCUCAUGGUUUUUCCUGGGAUGAUAAGCAGGAUCUUGUAUCCUGGUGCGUGUUUUUCUGUUUCCAAGUUCUGUUGUCUUGAGCGAAAAAUCUGGU